AUUCGGAUACCCUUGGACCAGCCGGAGAGCCCGACCUUGGGGCUUUCGGGGGAACGCGGAAAACCGGGCUAGGGGACCUUCAACAGGGCUGCUCCCUAACUCCAGGCGCCUCCUGCAAACCCGAGGGACAGCCAUCCCCAGGAUUGCACCUCCCUCUGGUCCCUGCGCCUGGACCACGCCUGACCACCUGCCGCCUGAUGGCUUCAUCUGAGACGUGUGACGUGAGCCGAGCGGCCUCCACACUCCAUUACUGCAUGACGGUCAGCGGCACGGUGCUUCUGGUAGCUGGGACACUCUGCUUUGCUUGGUGGAGUGAAGGAGAAGCAGGUGCUCAGCCCGGCCAGCCAGCCCCUCCCACGGGGCAUCCGGUGCCUCAGGCCCCCAGUCCCCUGCUCAGGUCCGUCAGCUUCUUCUGCUGCGGUGCAGGCGGCCUGCUACUACUCUUCGGCUUGCUGUGGUCCAUCAAGGCCAGCACCCGGGGGCCUCCCCCUUGGGACCCAUAUCACCUCUCCAGAGACCUGUACUACCUCACUGUGGAGCCCUCGGAGAAGGAGAGCUACAGGAUCCCAAAGGCGGUUGGCAUCCCCACUUACGAGGAGGCCGUGGGCUGGCCACUUGCCGAGGGGCCCCCGACGCCACCUGCCGAGGGGCCCCCGACACCCCCUGCGUACCCCGCGGAAGAAAGCCCGAAGGACUGUGCCUCCGGGGAUGCCCUGCGUGGGACCCAGCCCCCCUUGCCACCGCCCAGCUACGAGAGCAUCAUCAGUGCUGUCAACGGCCUCUCUGGAGAGACAGUCCCCGCCACCGCGUGCUCCUGCCCAGGCCCGGCUCAGACGACAGUGGGGGGAGGCACACUCCAAAGCUGGAGACAGAUGAGCUUCUAGUGCAUAAUACAGUGCCUGGUACCCAGGAGGCGCCCAGCAAAUGUUUGUUGCUGAAUGCUGUUUUAUCGACCUACGGCUGUGUAACAAACGGCU